CAGGGCAGUCCCGGGGCCGGGGUGUCCCAGUGCUGGGGGAGGAGAGGGAGGUGUCCUGUGGCCGGGGCUGGGGUGUCCUGACACUGGGGAUGGUCCCAGUGCCAGGUGGGUCCCUGCACCCCCUCACCCUGUCUGAGGAGAUGCCAAAUCUCCUUCCCCGGGAGAAUGUGAGGUGGCACUGGGGGUGUGGGGGUGACACCCCCAUGGGAGAGCAAGGCAGUUCCUCGUCUUCCAUUUUUGUCCGAUAUCCCCCUUUUUUUCCCGUGUUUCCCUCCCUCCCCCAGACAGCCCCGGCUGGGUGACCCUGCUGGAGCUGAACGCAGGGAGAGGCUCCCCUGGGGGGGCCACCCCCGCCAUGGAGUCCCCCGCCCGUGCCUGCUCCUGCGGCUCCCCUGCCUCUGACAGCGAGGUCGAGGCUGGCAGCUCCCCCCGGAGCCCCCCCAAAGCUGAGCGCAGCCGCAAGCGCCCGGGGGGGCUGGACCGAGCACCCCCUGAAUCGCCGCCGUCACCCCGCGGGGGAAAGCGCCCGCGGAAAGGGGAGGGAGGGGAUGUCCCUCCCAGCGACGGUGAUCGCCUCUUUGCCCAAAAGUGCCGGGAGCUCCGGGGCUUCAUCCGGCCGCUGGCGGAGCUGCUGGAGGGGCUGCGGCGGGGCCGGUACGACAGAGGGCUGAGCAGCUUCCAACAGAGCGUGGCCAUGGACCGGCUGCAGCGGAUCAUUGGGGUCCUGCAGAAGCCAGAGAUGGGCGCCCGGUACCUGGGGACGCUGCUGCAGGUGGAGGCGAUGCUGCGGCUCUGGUUCCCCCACGUCGCCCCCAAACCCGCGCUGGACCCGGUCCCUGCCGCGGCUCCCCCGCGCCGCCGCCCCCCCGCCGGUCCCCCCGGGGCUCCCCGGUGCCGCCGCCUGCCCGGGGACCUCCCCGGGGACCUGCCCGUCGCCAGCCCCGCAGGGACCUUACAGCAGCGGGGGUCCCCCCGGUGCCAGGCCGGGACCCCCGAGUCCCCCCCGGCGCCGGACGUGUGACGCCCCCCCCGGCUCGGGGGGGGAGAUCUCGUCUACAUUUCUUGGUUUUGCCUUUUUUGAUUGUUUUUUUACGGUGGUCAGUGAGACCCGCGGGCGGGAGGGACUGACCGGGGGGCCCCGAACCCCCCCAGGAGCCCCAACCCCGGGGCGGCCGCGUGCCUUGGCCAGAGCGGAGCCCCCUCCCCGCGGGGGCCGGGCCCUCCCGGGCUUGUGCCUUCCCCCGUGGCCUAGGGUGGCUGGGGGUGACUGUGGCUAAGGGGUGUGGACCCCCCGAGCGGGGAUGUCCCACAGCCGGCCCUGCUGGAAGCAAUAAACGCCGCGGGAGCGGCCGGGGCCA